GGAAAAAAAGAAUGUGCGAGAAACAGGAAAAGAAAGCAAUAAAAAAAAGUAGAAGAUAAGAUCAUAAUAAGAGAAAUUCCAAUCUUCAUGGAUACCCCUCUUAGCCCCUCUUAAGUAUGUGAUAUGAAUGAUUGAUGUAAUUGGUGUUCUUUAUUUUCCCUUUUGGGGGAGAGAGGGGGGGAGAGAUAGUAUCUGUAUCUCCUUAAUUUAGGGAUAGUGGUGUGUUUUGGGGUUUGAUUUGGGUUGAGUUGUUGGAGAGAUGUCAAGAGGUGGUUGCAGCAUAGUUUGGUUCAGGAGGGAUUUGAGAGUUGAAGACAACCCUGCACUUGCUGCUGGUGUGAGGGCAGGAGCUGUGAUUGCAAUCUUCAUAUGGUCACCGGAGGAAGAGGGUCCUUACUACCCUGGUAGGGUCUCAAGAUGGUGGUUGAAGCAGAGCUUGGCUCAUCUUGAUGCCUCCUUGAGGAGCUUAGGUACUUCUCUUGUCACCAAGAGGUCUACUGAUAGCGUUUCAUCUCUUAUUGAGGUUGUCAAAUCUACCGGUGCCACUAAUCUCUUCUUCAACCACUUAUAUGAUCCCUUGUCACUUGUAAGGGACCACAGGGCAAAGGAGCUUCUCACUUCUCAAGGCAUAGUUGUACGUUCCUUUAAUGCGGAUCUACUCUAUGAACCAUGGGAAAUUAAUGAUGCACAAGGUCACCCAUUCACAACCUUCUCAGCCUUCUGGAACAGGUGCCUUAGUAUGCCUUAUGAUCCAGCGGCUCCAAUGCUUCCACCAAAGAGGAUAACUUCAGGUGAUGCAUCAAGGUGUCCAUCUGAGACAUUGGUAUUUGAAGAUGAAUCUGAGAAGGGAAGCAAUGCACUUCUUGCAAGAGCAUGGUCACCAGGUUGGAGUAGUGCAGAUAAGGCUCUAACUGCCUUCAUCAAUGGACCAUUGAUUCAGUACUCAGUGAACCGUAAAAAGGCUGAUAGUGCAACAACCUCUUUCUUAUCACCCCACUUGCAUUUUGGGGAGAUAAGUGUACGCAAAGUCUUCCAUCUAGUUCGUAUCAAGCAGGUUCUAUGGGCCAAUGAGGGAAACAUAGCAGGUGAAGAGAGUGUGAACUUGUUCCUCAAGUCUAUUGGUCUUAGAGAGUACUCCAGAUAUAUGAGCUUUAACCACCCUUAUAGCCAUGAAAGGCCUCUACUUGCACACCUAAAGUUCUUUCCCUGGGUAGUUAAUGAGGGUUAUUUCAAAGCAUGGAGGCAAGGUCGAACUGGGUAUCCUUUGGUUGAUGCUGGGAUGAGAGAGCUCUGGGCUACCGGUUGGUUACAUGACAGGAUAAGAGUUGUGGUCUCUAGUUUCUUUGUGAAGGUUCUGCAAUUGCCAUGGAGAUGGGGAAUGAAGUAUUUCUGGGAUACCCUAUUAGAUGCAGAUUUGGAAAGUGAUGCUCUGGGUUGGCAAUAUAUCUCUGGUACCCUCCCUGAUGGUCGUGAGUUUGACCGCAUAGAUAAUCCACAGAUUGAAGGUUACAAAUUCGACCCAAAUGGAGAAUAUGUACGAAGGUGGCUUCCUGAACUUGCUAGGCUACCAACCGAAUGGAUUCACCAUCCAUGGGAUGCACCAGAAUCUGUACUUCAAGCUGCUGGGGUUGAACUGGGAUCAAACUACCCUCUUCCCAUAGUGGGAAUUGAUGCAGCAAAAGCCAGGUUGCAGGAAGCUCUUUCAGAGAUGUGGCAACAAGAAGCAGCUUCAAGAGCUGCAACUGAGAAUGGAACAGAGGAAGGGCUCGGUGACUCUUCUGAAUCAGCCCCACCAUUUGCCUUUCCUCAAUACAUACAAAUGGAGGUAGAACAUGAACAACCAAUCAGGAAUAACCCAGCCACUACAGUUCGUCGAUACGAGGAUCAGAUGGUUCCUAGCAUUACUUCUUCCCUGCAAAGGGUUGUUGAAGAAGCUUCUGUGGAUCUCAGACGCUCAACUGAAGAUAGCAGAGCAGAAGUACCAAGAAACAUAAAUCUGGGUCCUCCAGUACUUCAAAGAGAAGCACCAAACCAAGGGGGUUUGCCAACCAUUAGAAACAAUAAUGUUCUGCCACGGUUGAACAAUUUAGAGUUGCAAAAUGCAGAAGACUCGACAGCAGAAUCUUCGAGUAGCGGUAGAAUAGAGAGAGACAGCGGUAUUGUUCCAGUUUGGUCUCCCUCAGCUUCUAAUUACUCAGACCAGUUUGUGGGUGAACAAAAUAGUCUAGGGAGCAGUUCAUCUUAUUUGCAGAGACAUCCACAGUCGCACCAACUGAUGAAUUGGACGUAGCUUUUAUAACCUGGGACAGGACAAGAAUCUGGGAGACAAUACAAUACCGUGCCAUUAAUGUGGUUGGCUAAUCGUGAUGAUGGAGCAGCCCCUAUGUAUAUUGUUCUCCAACUGGCCUGAUUACAGCCUCAAUUCAAAGCUUCUGAAAUGCAGAAUCUCUCUCUCUCUUUCUGUUGUUCUUAAUUUCCCUUUCAUACCAUAUGUAGAUAGUAAUUACCAUCUUCAUAAGGUGAGAGAAGAGUAUUAUGAAAUAGAUGAAUUCUAUAAUAAACCCAAGUGGGUGUUUUUCCCCUUUUACUGAGAAGUCAUAAUUUGAUCCA